AUGACGAAUGUAAAGAAAUCCGUCUCCUUUCUCUCCUGGACCUCAGCCGACCUCGGCAGGAACGUGAUCCUGACCGGCGGCUGCAUCGUGGGCGCCUGCUGCCAGGUCAACACCUGUGAGGUCGUCCCCGAGAACACUGUGGUCUACGGGUCCAGCUGCAUCCGCCGGGUCCAGAGCGAGAAGCCUCAGCCUCAGACGCUGCAGCUGGACUUCCUGAUGAAGAUCCUCCCCAACUACCACCACCUGAAGAAGACGGUGAAGGGCGGCGGCACCCCGGUCCGGAACUGAAGCAGGAACCAACGGUUCUGUCAGCUUCUGGUCUCUGAUGUGUGAAAACCAGCUUCACUUUGCUUUUAGAUCCAUUUUAUGCCUGUUUAUGACGCGUCUGUGUUGAUCAGUGCUCCAGUAAAUAAAUGGUUCUGCUUGGUGGCCACCAGGAGGCGCCGCUGAGCAGCUCUGUGACGCUCUUUGUUCCAUCAAA